AUGAAAGGCAGCAUUCAGGCUGAGGGAGAGGUUGUUGCAUUCAGAGAGACUCCUGGACAGGUUGUGCUGCAGAAUGUCGUAUACAACAGUAUGAUACUCAGGGUGGAGUGUACAGGAUGCUUCCUUCUCUAUCCAACGCAUUUAUUUAUUUAUGAAGGCAAAUUACUAUUUUGCAUAAAUACAGAAACGAACAAAAUAAUAAGCAUAAAAGAGAAUACAAACAAAUUGCUGGAGAAUAAGACGAUUCGUCUUUCUGACUACGCAGAAUAUGCCGCAGAAUUUGGAUCAGAAAUCAGGCAAAUUGCUACUGGAACAAAUAGGCUCUACAUUCUGUUGGAAGAUGCCAUUCCAUGCUACAGUUUCAGUGGUGAAUUAUUCAGACGUGCCAAUACGGUCACAUUUUCAAGACCAGUCUCCCAAAUUGCUGCCUACGAUGAUGACCUGAUUUUCACUGACUCUGACAAGUACGUCAUGUCCCAUUGCAACAGCCACUCUUUCGACUUCCGUCGUCCCAGACUCUUUCAGUUUAACAACACCGUCUACAUUUCAGAGGGAUCAACCCUCUUUCUCUACCGAAACCGUGACAUGCAUUCUGUUUACACCAGCACUGAAUACAUCAAUGAUGUCGUAGUCUCAAAUCAGGGCGGUCUCCUGAUCAUCGAGGGAAAUGCGAAGUUUCUCACUGGCUUCUCUAACACCAAGAAGUACAGCAUUGCCAUUUCUGCCCCAGUUGCAUUUGUUGGUGACAAUUUGUUCUACGUUGAUUCAAAUGGUGUUCUUGGUAACACAAUGCUCCCUAUGAUGGACAGAUCACUUGAUAGGGAAUUCAGGAACAAACAGGUUGAAGAGGUGAAGGUUGAUUUGAUGAAUUCAGAAAGUGAUGAAAUAAUCAGAGGAAGGAAGACUAGGGAAGAAGAGCCAUUUGUAGUAGGAGGAAGUGGUUUAGGAAUCAGAAAGAGAAACAAGGAUCAUUUUGAUGUUACUAAAAAAGGAAAACAAUUCACCAAUAAGGUAUCAGAGAAUGUGACUAAUAAUGUUAAUACUAGUAAUAUUACUACCAAUAUCAACACCGAUAUAAUUAGUAUUCAAAGUAAUACAAUCAAACUCAAUCCAACUACACUACUACUCCAAUACAAUAAUACUGGCUACAUGUACCUAAUUAAGAAUGAUAUCAGUAAUGUGAUCCAUAUCAAGUAUCAUGAUAGUGAUAUGAUACCAGUGGAAAUGAAGAUGGAUGAGUCAAUCACACUGGGGGCAUUCUGUGGAUCAAGGUGCAUUUUGGCUGAUUCAACCAGAAUAUUCCACAACAACAGUGUUAAACAGUUCAGUGGAAUCAAAUCAGUUGGAAUCAACAGCAAACUGAUCUAUAUCAUCAACAACAAUCUUCUGAGUGUGAUUAACAGUGAUAUGGAUACCAUCCAUGAGAUAUAUUGCACCUAUGAUAACAUCCUGGUCUAUGAUCACCACAUUUUGAUGUGGAAUAGCAAUCAACUCCAAUUAAUGACAACUGAUCUACACCUAAUUCAUCAAUAUCAGAUCAGUGGAAUCAGUUAUGUUGGAAUAACUGAUGAUAAACUCUACGUGAAGAGUGGUAACAACCUAUUUGUUGGAAAUGGUGGAGUAUUGUACUUAAUCAAAUCAAUAAGUGAGACGGUGCUAGGAGUAAUUGAUGGAUAUGCAGUGGUAAGGAAGAGUAACAGUGAUGAUAUAAACAGUGUAGAAUACAUUGAACUGGGGGAGAAUACCAAAAAAGGAAGAAACAUGGAAGACGUGGAAGACGUAAUUAGUUUGUGUGAGAAAUACAGCAUGGAGAAUAAGACAGUUGAGAACAAUGAGAAUAAGGUAGUCAAAAAGAAGAUAGACCCCAAUGAGUGGUAG